AUGCCCGAGGUGACGGCUGCCGACCGGCAGGAUAACAUCCUGAAUCAUGCAAAAAAGCUCUACAGCGAUGGCAAGUUCAAGGCUGCCUUGGCCGCCUUCAAGGAGGCCAUUCUCAGAUGCCCUUGUACCAGAGAUGUCUUGGUGCAGUCAAAGAAGCUGGGAUUGAGUCUUAAGGACAUUCAAAUCUCACGCUGCCACUGCAAGGAUUUCGACUUGUUGUUGGCCUCAACCCCACCCAAGCUGUGCAUGUACAAGCUGGCCAAGAGACCCUGCACCUGUGGAAGCGAUGUCGUCCACUGCAAUGUCUCCAGCCACCUGCGUGCCCUGGAUGGCAUCAUUGCGACAUAUGAAAAGCUCCAGGCUCCGGCUAAGGCCCGUCAGUAUGCCAUUCUUUUCAUCAUCACUUGCCCACACGCCCCACAGGGUUAUUUGAGACUGGCCGAGGCUCUGCGUCUUGGAGAUACAGAGAAUUCUCCCAACACAGUCGCCCGAUGCAGGAGGAUCUACCGUCAAGCCAUCCAGAGCGUGGAAGAGUAUGGUGGCAAGGUCAAGCCCGUGCUUAUGCUUAAGACACUGACAAACAUGUUGCGAAUGGACAUCGGAAAGGUCAAGGAUCUUUCUCUCUUGUGUGUGGGCAAGCUGAACAUCGACCCACAAGUUCUCAGGGCCGUGCUCAAGCUUCUGGUCCAACUGGAGUCACUCGAGCUGACAGGCACGACACACCCACAGGCUGUCAAUGGCAUUGACUUGGACAUGAUGCCCCCUGCGGACAUUUGCGGAGGCCUGAUUCGUGCCUACCAACGAAUAGCCACAUUAUUUGUACACUUGGCACCCAACACCAAGGCACUUCCACCUGUGAUGGAACUUCCGCGACUGGAGCAUUUGUGCCUGCGACUGCCGGAGUCUCCGCCAAACGAAGCCAUUGCCAACCUAGCCGCCCUGUCCUGGUUCCUCGAGCUCAUGAAGCCGAGCAUGACCAACGGUACCCUCAAGUCCCUGGCCAUCUCAUUCAACAGCCAGACACAGCACCUGUUCGAUAGCGUCCUCAACAAGCACGCCAUCCGUACGCUUAGCUGCAUGGACUUUAUCGACGAGGAGUGGCUCUCAGGUCCUGAGCCAAGCUGCGGAGACCGCUUUUGCACCUGGGUCCAGACCUUCCCCAACCUCACUGCACUGGGCGUCUUCCCCCAGAGGACUAUGACAUGUGGCAUGCACGUUCUCAAGGUCCUGCACAACGAGAGCAUGAUCAAGCUGAUCUACACGAAUGUCCUGGCUGGCACCAUGCGCGACCAUGUGCUUGCAAAGGCUAAGGAGCGGGGGAUCACGGUGAUUGAGCACCUGGACCGCAUCCCGGAGGAAGGUCGCCCGUGGUGCCCCUCUGAUGUCUUGAGGCGUCUCGAGCGGGGACAUGAAUUCUAG